AUGGGUAAAAAUCCACCACCACCUGAAAGACUGUUAGGUGACUAUGGGAUGAUAAAUGCAUCGGGCGUUGUGGAGAAAGAUAAGCAGAAAGACCCUAAACCAACCAUCAGACUCCCAUACCCUCAAUGGAUAAAGAAGAAGAAGAAGAAGAAUGAGAAAAUUUUCGAGAAAUUCUUGGAGAUAUUCAAGAAACAUGAGAUUAACAUUCUGUUCGCUGAAGCCUUGGAGCAAAUCCCCUUAUACGCCAAAUUCAUGAAAGACAUUGUCUCAAAGAAACGCCCCACCAACAUUGAGCCUGUCCUGUUGACAAAAACCUAUAGUGCUAUUUUGCAGGGGAUGAAGAUACCAGUAAAGAAGAAUGGCAGAGGUUCAGUUACAAUUCCUUGUACUAUAGGAAAUAGAACUUUCAAAAAAACACUUAUUGAUUUGGGGGCUAGUGUCAGUUUGAUGCCUUUAUCUAUUUACAAAAAACUGGGAAUUGGUACGGUUCAAGAUACUAGAAUGACACUACAGUUUCCCGAUCACUCAGUUAAGUGA